AUGCUUUUACUAGCAGAUAUAUUAAUGAUUAUAUCCUUUACUACUAGUGCUGAAGAUCAGCAGUGCAUACCAUAUGGAACAGAUGAACUCCUUCAUUUUUCUAAAGAUGGUGAUAUAUCCAUAGGAGGUAUUUUUUCAUUCCAUCAAUAUCCUAUUGGUAUAAAUCCAACACUGCUGGCCAACCCAGGAAAUAUGAGAUGUUAUGGGAUUGAUCCAGGGGAAUUGCAGUAUGCCAUGACAAUGAUAUUUGCUAUUGAGGAGAUUAACAAUAGCACAGAUAUCCUUCGUGACCUUACACUGGGCUACAGAAUAUAUGGUUCCUGUCCCAGCAUUCCUCUCUCGGUAAAGGCAUCUCUGCUUCUCAUGAACAAGCCAGGAGUGGGGCGAGAAAAUUGUACAAAAUCUUCAAAUGUGCAUGCUGUCAUUGGGGAAACUACUUCCACAGCAACUAUAGGUAUUGCAAAGACCAUGGGCCCAUUUCAUAUACCAGUGAUUAGCCACUCAGCUACCUGUGCAUGUCUUAGCAACAGAAAAGAUUAUCCCUCUUUCUUCAGAACAAUUCCCAAUGAUUAUUACCAGAGCAGAGCACUGGCAAAGCUGGUCAAGUAUUUUGGUUGGACUUGGGUAGGAGCCAUUAGGAGUAGGAGUGACUAUGGAAAUAAUGGAAUGGCCAGUUUUCUAGAAGUUGCUGAAAAAGAGGGAGUAUUUAUUGAGUACUCUGUGGCUAUUUAUAGGACUGACUCCAGACAAAAGUUUCUAAAUGUGGUGGACAUUAUCAAGACAUCCACAUCUAAGGUCAUUGUAGCUUUUGCAGAUGGGAAUGAUCUGGACAUCCUCAUAAAAGAGCUUUACUAUCAGAAUGUGACUGGUUUUCAGUGGGUUGGAAGUGAAGGGUGGAUCACCUACAGCUACCUAUCCAAUGCCAUGAAUUAUGCAGUGGUCGGUGGUGCAAUAGGUCUUGCUGUCCCCAAUGCCAACAUUCCUGGCUUGAAAGAGUUUAUUGCAAGCAGGCGACCCUCUUUAAAACCAGGUAAUACAGGUCUGGUUGAAUUGUGGGAGAAUGUGUUUGGCUGUACUCUAAGCACUCAGUCACAGAAGGCUGAAAAAUCCUGCACCGGAGAUGAGUCUCUUGAGAAUACACACACACGCUUCACAGACGUGUCAGAUGCUAGCUUAUUGAACAACAUUUAUAAAGCCGUAUAUGCUGUGGCUUAUGCUGUGGAUAGGCUUUUAGGCUGUCAUGAAGGGAUGGGGCCAUUUACCAAUGGUACAUGUGCAGAUGUAGGAAGCAUAGAGCCAUGGCAGGUGCUCCAUUACCUGGCUCAGGUGAACUUUACUACUAAGAACGGAGAAAUUGUACUGUUUGACAAGUUGGGUGACCCAGUUGCACGCUAUGCCAUUGUCAAUUGGCAGAGGAAGGAUGAAGGAACAAUAAUAUUUCAGUCCAUUGGCAUGUAUGAUGCAUCUCGGCAAGAUGGCCAGGAGUUCAUAAUUAAUACCAGCAGUGCAAUCUGGGUGGGAGGCCAGUAUUCAGUUCCUCGGUCUGUAUGUAGUGAAAACUGUCUCCCAGGGACCAGCAGGGCUUUCAUAAAAGGGAAGCCAAUUUGCUGUUUUGACUGCAUCCCCUGCUCAGAUGGGGAGUUCAGCAAUACCACAAAUGCAGUGACAUGUCUUCCAUGCCCUCUUGAAUACAAGUCAAAUGGGAACAAGACUCAAUGUGAUCUGAAAAACAUUGAAUUCCUGAACUUUAAUGAACUUAUGGGUAUUCUGCUGAUGGCAUUCUCUUUGUUUGGCGGAUCUCUCACAAUCACAGUUGGGUUAAUUUUCUUUUACUACAGACAGACUCCUAUUGUCAGGGCCAACAACUCUGAACUGAGCUUCCUGCUGCUUUUCUCUCUGAGUUUGUGUUUCCUCUGUUCACUUACCUUCAUUGGUCAGCCCUCUGAGUGGUCCUGUAUGCUGCGCCACACAGCAUUUGGGAUCACAUUUGUUCUCUGCAUCUCCUGUGUUCUGGGGAAAACAGUAGUUGUGUUAAUGGCCUUCAGAGCUACACUUCCAGGUAGUAAUAUCAUGAAGUGGUUUGGACCUGCACAGCAGAGACUCAGUGUAAUUUCCUUCACUUUCAUUCAGGUCUUCAUUUGUAGUCUCUGGUUGACGAUUUCUCCCCCCUUUCCUUAUAAAAAUAUCUACCACUACAAAGAUAAAAUCAUUUUAGAAUGUCACGUGGGAUCAGUUUUAGGUUUCUGGGCUGUGCUAGGAUAUAUAGGUGUUCUUGCUUUCUUGUGUUUUAUUUUGGCUUUUCUAGCAAGGAAGCUACCCGAUAACUUUAAUGAAGCCAAAUACAUUACAUUCAGCAUGCUCAUAUUCUGUGCAGUUUGGAUUACAUUUAUUCCAGCUUAUGUCAGCUCUCCUGGAAAGUUUAUUGUAGCUGUGGAAAUAUUUGCCAUUUUAGCUUCAAGUUUUGGAUUACUUUUUUGUAUAUUUAUUCCAAAGUGCUACAUCAUUUUACUUAAGCCUGACAAAAAUAACAAAAAACAUAUGAUGAGUAAAACACCCUCCAAACCACUCUGAACAGGCUCACACACGUAUGGUUGUAAAUAAGGAAACAAACAAACAAAUUAAUAAGCACAUGUUCAUUCAUGGAUGCUUGCUACUUUUGCUAUAAAAUGAUACAUGUAAACCUGCA